GGUAAAGACGUAAAGGUAAAAAGCAUUUUAUAUGAAUGAAUUACGAAAGUACAGAGUACAAUCAGUUUUGCGAUAUGAAUAACAUAGCAUUUAGGUUCACCUAAAAAUAUGAAAAAAAAUUUAAAUCAAAAAUAAUCAAUAUUCUCUAGACAGUCAUUUGAUAGAAUGUAUUUAACAAAGUGAAAAUUGAUAAGAUGAAGUGUAAAGCUAAUUAAAAUGUCAAAAUCUCGAAAUCGUAGUGUAAAAAUAUUGCCUCAUGAUUUUUCAAGUCUAAUACAGAAAUUUAGUGAAGACAAUAAAGAAAUGAAAAAUCGAAAUCUGGAUUACUUUGGAGAAAAUAUUCAAGAUGUUAAUAUUCAAUCACCGUAUACACCGCUAUUUACUGAAAUUCCUCAAAGUUUUUCUGCUACCUCUAAUAGUGAAAUAGACAGUAUCACUUUAGAUUUAAAUAAGCUAAGUGGUUUAAGUUCAUCAAGUUCGCUGAGUUGGAGUGAUGAAUAUGAAUCAGAAAUUUCACAGAAAGUAUUGAAUGAAUUAGAAAGAAUGGAUCGAGUUUUGAGGCGAGAAGAACCAAUUCCUUUACAUUAUGAUAAAGAUGAAUAUGAACAGUGGAUGAACACAUUCCCUAAUAUAAGUAUAUUCGACAACCAUUUGACACCAGUAAAUUCUACUCAUAAUAUCCGGAAAUUACUAGAUGAAGAAGAUAUGGAAUUAAUAAUUUACGGUAGUGAUAAACAUAAUUUUCUACAUAAGGAUUGUGAUGUAGCUACUUUUAAUAAUACUAAAAAGAAAUCGGCUGUGAUAGAUACUUUUGAUAAUUCCUCAAAUAGGCUUCUGAAUCAAAGAAAUAUAAAUACCUCAAGAAAACGAAAAUUGGAUGAAAAUAGGAAUAAAAACAAAAGUAUAUUUACAAUUUCCCACAAGCCAAAAAGUUUAGAUACUGAUAAAUAUUUGAAAAUUUCUCCAAUAAAAAAUCAAUUUAAUGAAAGAAGACUGUCAUCUAAGUCUCUGUUAAAUGGAGAUGUUAAAGAUUACGCUGACACGACGUUGGAAUACAAUUCUCUUCCCUUCAUUAAAGUAGAAGAACCGGAAUUUUCGAAAAGGAAUGUCGCUUCAAGUAACUUGCAGAGUAGGAAAAAUUCCACAGUAGAGCUGUUUCGAAAAAGCGAAGGAAGCCAUUUAGUGUUACCACCAAUUGUAACCUCUAAUCAAUUUAGAUCUAUUUCUGCUACACCUAGGAAAGGAAAUAAAACGUUUUCUGCGUUAUCCAUGAAAUUUGAGGCAAAUUUUAAAAGUCAAGAUAGAUCGAGGAAGUCGUCAAUAAAAUUUAUGGAUAACCCUAUUAGUAAUAGGUGACUUAAUAAGCAUUAGUUUCUUAGUUGUACGUACCUACU